CCACACAGUUAUUCUGUUUGGUACAACAGCAACAGGGGGCAUGUAAAUACUUCUCCUUUUUUUAAGUGCAUUUUGGCUUUCUCUUUUUAAUACAACAACAAUCGGCGCGUUUUGAACACGUUACUCAAUGGCUGAUGACAGCCAGUCUAUCCACGCAUCAGAACAUUUACAAUUUCACGCCCGUUCUCAAAAAAAUUCCACAGCCUGCAGCAGCAUGCCCGUGCAGAGGGCGAGAAGCCCUUUCAAUAUUGCCAGGGACACAAAUGAUGUUUGUAAUCAAAUUCUUCAGCUUUUUUUUCUUUUUUUUUUUUUGAAGGGAGGAGGGUUUGGUGGACAUAUAGGCGGGCUGACGAUCCCUCUCCACACACUGUCAGCAACAGAGGAGCGCUGCAGUGGGAGCUGGGGUUUUUUCUCCCCUCGUUGCUAUUGUUUUGUGAAUGGAUAUUUAAAGUUUGAGAUCCAUGCGCGCGUUCUCUCUCUCUCUCUCUCUCUCUCUUUCUUUCUCUCUCUCUCUGUCUUAUGAAAUAGCAUGAUCGCUGCUGAGCUUCAGACAGAUUUGACCUGAGCUCACACACAGGAGAGAAGGCGAAAUGGAGACUAUCACGACCCAUGACUUCCUGAUUAAUUCAACAGAACUGAACAGUGUCUUGUGCCGCUUCGGGAUCAAUAUUUCGGAUUGCGAGCCAGGACGGGGCCCCUCUCCAGAGCCUAACGACAUCUCCCAGCCUGUCCGGAUCGUCCUGUACAGCAUCAUCUUCCUCCUCAGCCUCAUAGGCAACAGCAUCAUCAUCAUCGUCCUGCUGCCGGUAGGACGAAGACCGCGGCUGAGGACCAUCACCAAUCUGUUCCUGCUGUCCCUGGCAGUGAGCGACCUCAUGAUCUCCCUGGUGUGCAUCCCCUUCACCUUAAUCCCCAACGUCAUGAAGGAUUUCAUCUUUGGCCUCGGCAUGUGCAAGCUGGUCACGUACUUCAUGGGCGUCUCGGUCAGUGUUUCCACCUUCAACCUGGUGGCCAUUUCCAUCGAGCGCUACUAUGCCAUUUGCAGCCCCCUCGCUUCCAUGGUGUGGCAGACAAGGAGCCACGCCAAGAAGGUCAUCACCGCCACCUGGGUGGUGUCCUUUAUCAUGAUGCUGCCCUACCCAAUUUCCAGCACCCUGAGGCCCUUCACCCGCCUCGACAACAGCACAGGACACAUGUGUCGCCUGAUAUGGCCCAACACAGUGUUCCAGCAGUCCUGGUACAUCGCUCUGUUGCUGGUGCUUUUCCUGAUUCCUGGUAUCAUGAUGAUGACGGCCUACGGACUCAUCUCCUUGAAGCUGUACAAGGGAAUCAAGCGAGCGCAGUCCCUGAAGAACUCCAGCCGUGAACGCCACGCCAGCACCGGCAGCGUCAAACCAGGAAAUGGCGGCGGCUACAGCUCAUCUGAGAGCAAGAGAUCGAGGAAGAGCAGAAGCGGCGAGUUAGCGGAGGCGUCCCGAAACUCCAGCAAAAAGGAGCUGAUGGCCAAUAAACGCGUCAUCCACAUGCUCAUAGUCAUCGUUUUUCUCUUCUUCCUCUGCUGGACCCCCGUCUUCGUCGUCAACGCGUGGAAGGCGUUCGACCAGCGCUCGGCCAACCGUCUGACGGGGGCGCCCAUCUCUUUCAUCCACCUGCUGUCCUACACCUCGUCCUGCGUCAACCCCAUCGUGUACUGCUUCAUGCACAAACGCUUCCGGCGGACCAUCCUGGCUACCUUUUGUAGCUUCAACAUCCCGGGGAGAAUCAGGAAGUGGUUCUACUGGGGGAAGAAAAAAAGCCCAUCUGAAUGGCACAAAGACGUGGCGAGAGGAUACGCGCCCUCCAGUGACCUGAAUGUCGAUACUCAAAGCACCAGAGAGAGCACGCCCGGCGUCAACACGAACAUCCCCAUGACCCAGUGCAGCGAGGUCCCGUGAUCUGGACUGCUCUGUGCAUGCUGUAUGUAGAAGACAGCGCGUUGCAUGUUGCUGAGCCCUCACAGUGCUUUCAGGACCGGGUUUAUGGGUCUUUCUUUCAUUUUAGCUUGGUGUGAAACGACACGAGUCGGUAGGCUGACGCCUGCUUGACGCAGGCCCCUCACAGCAGACGGUCACAGCCAGAUGUUUUCCGGAGACCUUCAGAGUCCAGAGUACUGACGAUGCUCGUUCAUCUUCAGGGUCCGCGAGCGUGACAUGAAGUGCUCUGACCAGCAGUAAACGAGUCAACGUCCCAGUCCGACACAUAAAUACCGCCACAUACUUUAGAAUCGUCGUGAGCUCUGGAAUUACACAUAUGAAGAAAUAAACAUUUUUCUUAAAUAAUAUAUAUAUUUUUAAAAUGUUAAAACAAUAUCUAAUGUUUAAAGACCAGUCCACAAGCAAAAAUAAGUGGGACUUUUCAUUUUUUAAAUUAUUUUUAGUCACAAAAAACAAACAAUGUCCUAAGCAGAGACUAACGAAACUCAGUUUGUUUGUUUUUUCUGGGUAGCUGAUCAAUUAAAAUUUCCGAAAUGAUAAUGUUGCCUACUUCAUAAUUGCCCACUCUUUGUUGUGUCUGUAAGUUUGUUUCUUUUGUUGUUGUUGUAUUUGGAAGCAACAUGUAUUGCUAAAAGCAGUUGGCGCCACAAAUAUUCCGACUUGAAUCUAGAAAGCCGUCAGGCCUGGUGUGACGCCAUCCCCACCUCCGAGUUUCAACCUCCGAGACAAAUCAAACGCAGCUUGCGGCUAGAUUUGUCCCGAUCCCGUUUCUAGUAAAUGUUUAAAUUCGCCUUUGUGCUGAAAAGAAUAACAAGCUAGAAGAAAUGUUCAGUAGUGUGUUGUGAAAUAACAGGUUGCUUUUUAAAAAAAAAAAAAAAAAAUCAAAAAUCAGAAAUAUUUGCAUGUUAAUUUCUUUCUUGAUGUCAGAAUGAUGUCCUCGAUUCAAACCCAUUUACCUUUCAUUGGUUUUCACACCGUUUUGCAUCUUGACGGCAUUUUUAAAACGCUUGUUAUGCAGGCCUGCACAUAAAAAAAAUGAAGGAUAUUUUCGUAAAUCUUCAAGCCCUGUCAUUUCUUUGAAGUGUGUUUCGCCUUUCAUUUGCUCCUGUUGUGAAAGUCAGUGUGUCCUGGAACUACACGGAUCGAUGGGGUGCCGUUCAGUCACAACAGGUUGUGUUACCUUUCUUUAAGGACACGGUCUCAUUUUAUUUAUUUUUCAUACCAAAGGAUCAACUCAAUAUAUGGAAAUGAACUUUUAGUGCUGUGAUAGUGCCCUCGGGGCCGCCAAAUAUUUCUUUGGUGACUUAAUAAAUAAGGGAUGGCUUAAGUAUUACUUUCAGUUUUAAUGGUACGGGUGAGUAAAUAGUCUGUGCACCUUACUUUGAGAUCAAAAGUUGUUGUGGUGGAUAUGGAGUUUGUGCGAGAGCUCAUGUUUUAUUUAGUUUUUUAUUUCCCCCUUUCUUAAUACAGAUACAUCUAAUUUUCAAGAGUCAACCUUAAAGUUUAAACCUAAACUUUUAAACAACAAAAGGUUCUUUUGUUCUUUAAAACAAAAGAACAAGCACAAAGGUCAACAAAGGUCAAGCACUCCAGACAUUUUGGAGUGCUUGACCUUUACACCGUCUCUUUGAUUUGAAUCUUUACAUACUGCCUUUCCACGUCCCUAGAAGAUAUUCUCAACGUCUAGGAAUCACCGGCCUUACCGAUACAUUAAUCGACAGCUUCGGACUGAAACCCUCCCCCUGCUGCACAAACAGCUGCUGCCCUUGAGCCUCUGCAUGUAUGUGUACCUAAAGGACUGGGCAACUGGAGAGGCCUUAUCUUUUUGUGGGAUUUGUAACACCUGCAGCUCGUCUUUAAAGAGUCGGCCUCUCCCCUCACCCACAUGAUUUCCACACAUUCUUUCUGUUGAAACAUAGCAGCGUCGAUGUAGCAACGUACGCGUAGUUUUUUUCCUUUCCUGUGAGUUUAUAUGUGAAGGAUCCAAUAUUCCUCUUGCCGUUUCUGCCAGUUGUGAUGUGGAAUGUUGGCUCUCAAAUGUACUUCGCCGUCUUUUUGUGAUCAGGCUCGUUUCGGGCGAACGACUGACUAGAAAAAUGCGAUAUUUAACGACUCAUUACGAACGUGGCUGUCGGAAAACGCUUCGACAUUUUACAGCGACUUGCAGCGGACGUUUUCCACGCGCCAUGGUCAUAACUACGAACUUCAAUGUGUCUUGCGGGAAUUUGUGUAACAGAUACAGGCGGUAAAAGACGUGCACAACUUUGAAGUGGAAAAAAAAAAGAAAAAAGAAAUGUCGUUUAUAUGUAAAACAUGUUUACAAAUAAUAAUUAAAAAAAAUCUAAAAAGUGUGGCGUGCGUUUGUAUUCAGUUCCUCUGAGCGAACACCUUGUGGAACCGUGUUUUGGGGGUUGUGGCUUUACACACAGUGCCUUUAAAAAAUAUUCACCCCCUUGAGUGGUUUCUCCUUUUUUAAUUGCUUUUGCAAAUCAUAGUCAACAAUAUUUGGCUUUUUUGACAAACAAAAAACCCCUUUGAUAUCAAAGUGAAACUGAUUUCUAUAAAAAAUAAUUAGCAUUAGAAUAAUUGAUUGCAUAAAUGCCCCCCUUUUAAAGGCAAUAAAACGUCAAAGGGGGUGAAAACUGUUCAUCGCCACUGCAACUCUUACUUAAACACAUGAUUAAUAUAAUUCAUUUGACUGGUGCAUGGAUCAUAAUAAUUGGUAUUUUGUGACAAACGUUUGGUGCCAACUGGAUGUGAAUGGAAAUGUACAUGUAAGAAGAAACAUACUUUUUUUUUUUUUUCUUCUUACAGUUCUAAGCUGUGAAGUUUGUGUGUAAAGUGCUGUGUAUAAAAACCUGGAGCGCACACAGAUCCGGGGCAAAACAAGUCGGUGCUUUUAGUGGGUUUCGCAAAGUGGACCUUGAAGGAGGAGAGCGACUCUGGCGAGACUCGUGUGUCGCUGAAGGAGCAAAUAAAAGGAAAGCUUUAUGUAAGAGCAGGACAAAUCCAGGUCAGUCAUCCGUACCCUCUUCAGCAUCCAUUCAGAGGAAAAGUAAUAAAUAAAACGAUUCUUAAAAAAAAACAUACUUUCACUGACCAAUUAAAAACAUUCACAUUUCAUCGCUUUUUAAAUUCUCAUUUUAUUCCAAUAUUGCAAGUUUUUUUCUUGUUUUUUUUGUUGUUUUUUUUCCUUUCUUCUUUUAAUGACAUACAGUUUUGAGCAUGAUCUGGAGCUGCAAUAUGUACAAAAACAAACUAACAUAUGUUAUUAAGAAAAGAAAAACAAAAAAGAAAAAUAAUAAUAAUAAUAAUAAAAAAAAAAACGUCCCCUUUGUUUUUGACGUUAUUGCUAAAUGUUACAAACGGCACAGGUUUCUACCAUCAGCAACCCUUUGAGCACUGAGUAUAUAUAUAUACUACCACACGACACCUCUGCUUACCAUUUUUACUAGAAUAAUACACAGAUAACAGUGAGAGUAGCGGGAGAUGAAGGCGAGGAGGAGAUGAAGACAAAGAAAGGGCGAAACGGGUGCAGCGAGGCUAAGCAACAUAAAAAUGUGAGAAAUCUUCAAAUGCACAAUGGAAGAUUAAAAAAAAAGACAUUAAAAAA